GGGUUUCUCGCUCGGCGGGCUCCGGGCGCCGCCCUCGCCGCCACUCCCGCCGGCCCACGGCGGGGAUGCCGGGCCGCUGGGGCUCGUGCGCGGGUACCUGACUGCGUCGCUGGGAAGCCCUGCCACGGUCAAGACCUCGGAUUGGAGGUACCUCCUCGCCAGCCCGCAGUUCCGCAGGCUCUUCUGCAGCGGCUCUAAGAAGAAUUACGAGAAUUACUACCCCAAGGGGAAGAAGGAGGCGCCCAAAGGGGAUGGGAGCAACAAGGAUUCCAAGCACGAAUCCGGUACAGAUGGUCAAUGGAAUUUCCAGGAUGGUACUUUCAAGCAGCUGCAGAACUUUCUGGGACCUCUAUUGCUUUUAGGCUUAAUGUUUUCAUCCUUGUCUUCAAGCUCAUCAGACCAGAAGGAGAUAAGCUUCCAAGAAUUCAAGAACAAGUUACUGGAACCUGGCCUGGUUGAUCGUAUUGUUGUUUCAAACAAAUCAGUGGCGAAGGUCUAUGUCAGGACUUCACCACAGGCGAACGGCCAAAGCCAAAGUACUGAUACACAUAUUACGACCGUUGAUGUUCCAGGCAGACAGGCUCCCAGCAAAUACAAAUAUUUCUUCAAUAUUGGAAGUGUUGAGUCGUUUGAAGAAAAGUUAGAGGAAGCCCAGGAAAAUUUGGGUAUAGAUUCACAUGAUUAUGUUCCAGUAACUUAUGUUGCUGAAGUAAAUUGGUUCCAAGAAGCGAUGCGAUUCGCCCCAACAGCGUUCCUUGUUGGACUACUAUAUUUUAUGGGGAAAAGGAUGCAGAGUGGAUUUAAUAUUGGAGGUGGUCCUGGAAAGGGUAGCCGUGGUAUCUUUAACAUUGGAAAAGCAACAGUAACAAAGAUGGACAAAAAUUCCAAAAAUAAGGUGUUUUUUAAGGAUGUAGCUGGCUGUGAUGAAGCUAAACAAGAAAUAAUGGAGUUUGUGCAUUUCCUUAAAAAUCCCAAGAAGUACGAAGAGUUGGGAGCUAAGAUACCCAAAGGUGCUCUGCUUGUAGGUCCUCCUGGAACUGGAAAGACACUACUUGCUAAAGCUACAGCAGGAGAGUCUGGUGUGCCCUUCAUGUCCAUCUCUGGUUCCGAUUUCAUGGAAAUGUUUGUAGGUGUUGGACCAUCCAGGGUAAGAAACUUAUUCCAAGAAGCUCGCCAGUGUGCACCCAGUAUCGUAUUUAUUGAUGAGAUCGAUGCAAUCGGUCGCGCGAGAGGCCGUGGAGGGUUUUCUGGUUCAAAUGAUGAGCGAGAAAGUACUUUGAACCAGCUGCUUGUAGAAAUGGAUGGAUUUGGUACAACUGCCGGUGUUGUUGUUCUUGCUGGUACAAAUAGACCUGACAUCCUUGACAAGGCACUGCUAAGGCCUGGAAGAUUUGAUCGCCAGAUAACAAUUGACAAACCAGAUAUAAAGGGCCGUGAUCAGAUAUUCCGCAUAUAUCUUACGAAACUUAAAUUGGACAAUGAACCAACAUACUUUUCGCAAAGGCUAGCUGCUUUGACGCCUGGGUUUGCUGGAGCUGACAUUGCCAAUGUUUGUAAUGAAGCUGCUUUGAUUGCUGCAAGAACCGAUGAAACUCAGAUUACAAUGCAGCAUUUCGAGUCUGCAAUUGAUAGGAUUAUUGGUGGUUUAGAGAAGAAAAACAAGGUAAUUAGCAAACUGGAGCGCCGUACAGUUGCCUACCAUGAAGCUGGGCAUGCUGUUGCUGGAUGGUUUCUAGAACAUGCAGAGCCUCUUCUGAAAGUUACAAUUGUUCCCCGUGGAACAGCUGCUUUAGGCUUUGCACAGUAUGUGCCAAAUGAGAAUCUUUUAAUGACAAAGGAGCAGCUUUUUGAUAUGACAUGCAUGACGUUAGGUGGCCGAGCUGCGGAGGAGGUUUUGAUCGGAAGAAUCUCGACUGGUGCUCAGAAUGAUCUGGAGAAAGUCACAAAAAUGACAUACGCGCAAGUUGCUGUGUAUGGCUUCAGCGAUAAGGUUGGUCUUCUAUCUUUCCCUCAGAGGGAGGAUGGCUUUGAAAUGAACAAGCCUUACAGCAACCAAACUGCAUCCAUCAUCGAUACUGAGGUGAGGGAAUGGGUUGCCAAGGCCUACAAAAGAACAGUUGACCUGUUAACGGAGAAGAAGGAACAAGUAGCUCUUAUCGCGGAGUUGCUGCUCGAGAAGGAGGUCCUCCACCAGGACGAUCUGACCAGGGUAUUAGGAGACCGCCCCUUCAAGGCAGCCGAGCUAACAAACUAUGACCUCUUCAAGCAGGGGUUCCAGGACGAAGAGGGCAAGACCGCAGAGCCCACCAAGGACACCGAGGUGCCUGAUGACGAUGGAUCGGCUGUGCUCCCCAACGUCGUCGUGCCGACGUAGAAAUCCAGCACGACGUCUACACAGCUGUACAUGGCAUGCUCAUCAUCCGAUAGAUUCUGGUUUUGUUGUUGCAGCAUAAGAAGUAAAAACUGUAUAAAUCAGCGCCCUCGUCUAAAUCAGUCAUGCCAGUUUUAUUUAUUAGCUGGAAGGGAUGCACUAGGCUUUCCGCAGCUGGCCUGGCCCUGUUGUUCAGUACGAUGAGCUGCUGGUCGUGGUUCAUGCUCUGAGCUUGUAUUGGCGUCACCAAACGUUUUUGACGAAUCCUGUAUUUCUCCUGAUUUUACUAAAAAGAAAGUUUUCGUCCACCGA